AUGGCAGACUCAAUUUUCCACGCUUUAUGCACACAUCCCACACUCAAAGCCUCUUCUGAAAAAUAUGCAAAGCUUUGCGCCAACUUUGAAUCUGCUCUUCACGAUGCCAGAGUUAUGCAACUGCUAUCGCCUUCUUCAGCACUUGGAUACAUACGGGAAGCCGACAUUCACAGUGAACAAGGAAAACAACUUCAAGUCAUUCGUGUAUGCGACAAAGGGAUGACGAAAGUGGAUGCCAUGGAUACGCAUUAUGAUGAACUGCAACGAGCCAAAGUGAACGCCGAGCAACGCCAAAACACACGCAUCGACUUCAUCAGCCAACUCCCUGUGGACAUUGUAAUCACAACACUCAUUCCAACGUUUACGGAUGAUCAACCCUUGGAUCCAUGGAAGCUUACCCCUCAUUUAAAUGUAUCCAAGGUAUGGCGUGAUCGUAUCACCAAAUGCUUUGGUGGGUUACAUAUCAACACUGAGCAUGAUGAUGAUGCCAAUGUUUCCAAAGUCGUUCAGUUUGCUCGCCAUAUCAAGACAUUGCAGCUUGGUCGAUAUUCGAACGGCACAUGGCUUGGUGAUUUACUAUGCAAGAAUGGCCUUUGCUCUUUACAAAAGUUAUUUAUUCGUCGAUGCUCAGCUGAUUGCGUUGAUCAAUUGGUUUCAUCAUUGAGGUGGAUCAGCAGCACUUUGACAUAUUUUGAGAUUGAGCACGAUCGAGAGACAACGCUACCGAUAGCCGACAUUCUUGACAACUGCCCCAAUCUUGUUUCACUCGAGAUAAUCCAACCGUGUGCUACAAACAUGGGCUCUCUUCCAAUGACCACAUGGCCCAAUUUAACGUCGUUAACGAUUGAAUCGAAUAAUGGCGGCAUCAUUUCUUGUGGUGAAGUCAUGGCAAUAGGCAAACGUUUUCCAUCGCUCACAUCCCUGCAAUUUUCCCCAUGCCAAGAUAUGGAAUCAACACGCGUUGUCUUGGAUUAUUACCACUGGAUGAACAGGCUUAACGUGGGAGAGCAUGAUGCUGGUUUCUAUAUUGGUUUCUCUGAUGAUGGGCCGCGAGGUAAAGAGGUUGGUUUUACGAGGCUUCUUAUUUUCAUACAGGCCCUCAAUGAUACCUGUUGGGAGAGCGUUAUAUAUAUUCUAAGGCAGCAUCAACAAACGCUUGAACACCUCAGCUUUAAUGCAUUUACUACCAAUAUACACGAGAGUAUGUACAGCAUUGAGUACACUCGUUUGAAGAGACUUUGGAUUGAUGGCGCUGGAUGGUGGAUUCCACACAACGCACCCAUGCUUGAGGAGUUGGAUAUUACGUGCAUGACAGGCGACGCAGGAGGUGUCAUAUCCGAUACAGCGCCAUUACCACCUAGUUUAAAGAAGCUUCAAUUGGAUUUUUAUCCUUCAUUUCAUUAUGACAACUAUGCUCGGUAUGCACGGUACCUUCGUCGAUAUGCCAACCAUUCCCAGCUGAAAGAGCUUUUGAUUGUGUUCGACACCUCGGAGGAUAUCGACAAUGUGCUAGAGGCAAUCCUGCAUCUUGGUCAACUUCAACGCUUGAGCAUUCGAAUUAAAGGUGAUUGGGAAUCCACCCAAAUGCAAGGAUUCCUUGAUGGGCUUUGUGAAGCAUGUCCAAAUUUAUCUAGCCUUGGGAUCAACUGCAACAACGCCCCAUCGACGCACACAAUGAAUGCUUUGAAACGUCUUGAACACUUGGAGGAAUUUGGGUUUUCUAUCGAAGGCAUGGAUGACAACGAUGGUUUUUGGCAUGCAAUUGAAACCUUUUCACAACUCAAAUGUAUUGAUAUUCACCCAUCAAAAGCAAGCAACAUGCACCGUCGUCGCUACCUCCAUGAACAAAGGCCUGACUUAAGGAUUACCAUCAAUUCAUGGUUGCCAUACGAUUGA